GGCAGAAUUAUUUAUAACAUUAACAAUUACACAUUUCCAGCUGUCAUAAUAGUCACGAUAGUGUCAAAAUAACAUUCAAAUUAUUAAUGUGCAAAUGGAGAUUUCAUAAAGAAAAUUGUUUAAAAUUAACAAACACUUCCAUAGGUAACAGAAUUAUAAAACAUAAAUAUUUUAUCAUAGUGCUUACAAAACUUGAGAAGUUUCAAAACGGGUCAGCUAAUGAAGCGUCUAAUCUAAUAAUUGCCUAAGUUACAUGAAUAAUCGGAUAGUAAGCCAAAACACGUCUAAUUGUCGUGAUUACGUUACUAGUAAUUAUAAGUUUUAAUCUUCAGGUUAACAGUGUGGUGUCACCGCGUCGGUUUCUAUAGUUAGCGCGCACGCAUUGAGUUAGUCGUCUCUGCACGCGACGCUCGCAUCCACCGUCUGCGCGCUCCGAAUUUUUCGCGCCGCCGCGAAAUCCGUUUCCCGAUACUAAACCUCUUUUCUCCGCAGUUUUUUAGUCUGUAUUAAAAAAGUAGCUGUCAAACUUUUACCGCGAAUUUUGUGGAGUGAAGUGAUACUGUAACAGUGUAUACAAAGUGAGUUUUAAUUGCUGACGUCGUGUAUGAGUUUGCAUAUUUGAACAGGAAACGAAAAUGUCAUAAAAUAGAAACGCAAAAGUUCCUAAGAUAGUGAUGUGCCACCAGAGUGAGUGAUUAACGAAGCGAGUGCUAGUGAUGUGACAUAUGAGACCAUGUGGGAGUACCUGGCAGUGCUGCUUCUUGGAUUCUGGCUCGGAGUUGCCAUAUUCCUGUAUAUAUCCUGCUACUGGCUUGAGGAGAUCUUGGAUCUCCCUGCACCCCGCAAUGCGUCACCAGCGCCCUCUGGGCACAGCGCGAGCGGAGCGCACGUGCAGCUGAAGCGGCUGGUAGCCAGGGUCGUGGAGGAGGCGGCAGCUCUGCCAGCUCUCGCCAGAUAUGCUGCUGAACCUCACACGCCAUCUAUUGAGUCUUCUACCUAUGAAGACUUACUAGCAACGGCCAUUUUAAAUAAGGUGAUAGAGCGGUACCAGAACGAGAAUGGUUCCGGUGGCCGCAGCAGUGGCAUCCAUUCGGCGAGUGCGAGCCCCACGCCCUCUGAGCGGUCCUCUCCCCGCUCUCUGCACUCACACUCCCGACACAACACAAACAUCACUCCUCCCCUCCAUGAAGAAGACGACGUGUCUGACUGGGAGGAGGGGGAUGCCACCGAUGAAGCCUUAGAGGUGCCGCGGCGCGUACCCUUCCCUGAGUUCGGCGGAGACAUAGUGCAUAACACAGAUAAUGAGGACCGAGAGUUCGACGAAGUUUCCAGUAGCGACCUGCAGGCAGUCGACGGCACCUGGGAAGAGAACUGGCUCUUCCAGAAAAAGAAAAUCAAGACCAUACAGUCGGUGCCCGUGCCCAUGCUGGUCCCUAACUCCAACACAGAAUACAGAGCGCUGAUCGGUGACAGAGACGCUGACGACACUACAGAUCUAUCGGACAAUGCGAGCGACUCUGAAGAACAAGCAGAAUACAAGAGUGACAUGAAGAAAGUUCUAGACUCUAAACACGUCAUAGGAGGUAAACCUAAAGUUGAAGAAUGUGACUUUGAACCAGACAGUCUCACCAUUAUCGAUGGAGUUGACGAAGACUUUGAUAAACUUGUUGAGAAAAUAGAUGAUGAUGAAGCAGUAAACGCAAUCAUUAACGAAAUCAAUGAUAACAAAGUUACUAUUCUGGAGACAAAUAACGUAAGCACAGUAGAUCAAGUCGAUGGUGGCAAGUUAUUGAUUUCUAUUGACAGUGGACCAUUAACAAAAGCAGAAUUUACAGUAAAUGAAGAAAUCCACAGAACACUACUGAAUGGGAAUACGGAAGAAUUUAUGAAUGACUUGAGUGUUAAAACGAAUGGUGAUAUAUUAUACAAUGGACAUGCAGAAGUAAACAACGUCGACAGCUUCACUAACAACAAAGAAUCAUCGAAUACUUUGAGUCAGCACGAGCGCGAGGGAGAGUACGAGGAGACGGUGACGGUGCCCGUGCAGCGGUACGCGGACAGUCUGCGCAGGAAGCACUUCGAUGACGGACCCCAGGAGAUUCCCACUCGUGAUACAGAUCAAGAUGACUUGAUACCAGGUUCAAUAGCUUACAGAGAGCGUAAGAAAUGGCUGAACUAUGUAGAGAUGCCAAACAACCCUUACUCACCAGAAGCCAUUCAGAAACGACUAUCAGCCAAGAACACAUCAUCACUGUUCGACAUGUUCACAGCUAAGAAGGAAGGAGAUGAUGACAAAAUGGAAAUAAACGAUAAUGACGUAGAUGAGGGAGAAAUCGAAAUACAUGAUCUCCCAGUUAAAGAUGAGCAACACAAUAAAUUAAGUCUAACAAUGAGUAAUGAUAGUAUUAAUAGUAUCGGUAGAACUACUAAAAGCCCGUCGCCUAGGAUAUUGAAAGAUGUCAUGGCUGAGGAAAUUCCUCAAUAUAAACGUUACGGACGUGAUUAUUAUAUAAGAGAGGCCAAGGCGUCGUGCGGCGGUCGCAAAAAGACGUCCGUGGACGAGGCGAGCACGGUGUCCUCGGCGUCGAUGAAUAAGUCGACCAGUUUAGACAAUUUCGACGCAGAGUUCGCGUCGCCUGUAAGUGCCAGCAGCUCGUUGAGCGACCUCGAGGCGUCCGCCCUCCAUCACAACAUCGUCCGCAACGUCCUCAGCCCUAGGAAUGCGAGCCCCAACUUCGCUAUAAACCCCAUUUUCGAAAACCCCGAUAGACACAAUGAUAACGCUGACGAGAAUCAUGCGACAGACGAACGUCAUGUCGCUCGAAAUGCCAACGUAAGACAACAAUGUAGAACUGUGUGCGACGGUGACGGUUAUGUGGAAAACGAGGAUAUAGUUAGACUUAAAAUACCGAAAAUACCCGAGAUUACCGAAGACCUUUUCGAGACGUACACCCAUGUUAGGCGGAGCAACACGCUGCGCAGCGAGGACCUCUGCGUCCGCGCCAAGCGCCGCCCGGCUCUCAAUUUUACAUUCGGUGGCAGUCUCAGUACUACAGUAAUCCUCAAAGACGUUAGUGCGACGAACCAACAUUAUACAAAGUUCGCUAACAACGAGGACAUGGCGUCGGUGACCACGACCAGUAACAACAAGGAUGAAAUUAUGAUAGAGUAUGACGACGACGCCAGCGAACACACGCUAUUCGCCGCUAAACCCGUCUACAUCGAGGACGACACAGACAAACAGUUCGAAGAAAUCAUAGAAACAGCUUCCAAAGUGCCGCCAGAGCCCGCGCCCCCCGCCCCCUCGCCACACCCCGACACACACGACGAACCUCUGCAAUCCCCGCUGAGCGUGGACACGUCUUACAUGAGCACGAGCAGCAUGGAGGAUUCCAUCAAAAUCUACAACGUGCAAACAGGAGAGAUUAUUAAAUGUAAGCCUGAUAACGUAUCGCCGAGCGAUGAGGCUGGCACCGACGACAACAUCGAUAGCGCUGAUAACAACAUCUCGGAAACUGAUACUGUUAGUUAUACGGAUGACGUGCCCGAAGACACUCCUGUCCAAGACAAUAAACUCUCCAAACUAGAGCUGAUUGAGUCGGAUGACAUCCUGCAGAACCUGCCCAAAGUGAAGGAGCUGGCAAAGAUAUUUGUUAGUAUGGAGAACAUCGCAGAGCCAGUCAAGCCAGUGCAACCUUACUCGGUGCGGCGGAAGAGCAAGGAGAACAUCCUGUCAGAAAGCAAACCAGAGAAAACCAAGCAGCUAUACAUGCACAGCCUCACAGCGAGGAGCAUCUCCAAAGAGUUCAGGGAGGAGCUGAAACUCUCCAUGUCCACGCCACUCACCGUGCCGGGGGGCUCCAAGGAGAUCCCCGAAGGUAUUGAAGAGGUCACUAAAGAAUCUAGCAGGCCCGGCAGCCCCGUGCCGGAACCAGGCACCAUCAAAACAAAACUCGCCUUCUUCGAAAGUCUCAAGUCAAAAUUUAGUAAUAAGUGAAGCGUUUGAUAGAUUGAAAAGCGAUGCCAUAAACACAAAUUAAAUUAAGAAUUGAAUGUAGACGUUGUUCUGAACAAAUGUAUGUAAUUGUAAAUGUAUGUUACGUAAUGUACUCGCGGGGAUUAUGUUCGAAUGUGACCGAGAUCGCACUUUGCUGUCGCUUUUCAGUGUAACAAAUGUUCACUAAUCGUAGAAUCAACAAUCUCUUAGAUACCGUACACAACGUAGCGUGAGAGAUAUUAGCAUGAUUUUCAGUUCAUUGCGUGCUGUCUAUCGCAGUAGUUUAACUACAAUUUGUUUGUGUCGUACCAAACAAGUAAUGUAGUUAAAAAACUAACCGAGGGCAGACUUCCCUGUAGUUAUACAGUAGAGUAGAGCAUAAUACCUAGUAGCGGUCACAUUAUUUAAUAAAUGGUAGGUUACGGUGUAAAUAUUAAGUGCCAUUUUGUAAUCAUUAUUUCCCAUUUAUUUAGGUUAAUUAGAAAUCGAUGGAAUAUUGAGGAAGAAAUGUGUUUGUGGAUUACAUAAUUUUUCCCUGUAAAUUGUUAAGUGGGCAUUAUUGUUGCAGCGAUUUAUUUAUUUUGACAAUAUAAGUCUUAUUUUUCAAUGAAAUACCAAUUACUUUUCUAUUUCACUUAGUUUAGAAAUGGACUUGUAGUCUGCUUUGAUAGAUCUUAAACUAAACUCGCCAUUGUAUACUAAUUAAAUAGGCACCUA